ACUUUUUUUUUUUUUUAUAUAAUCAUUGAUCUAAGUACCUAGUCAAAUGGUGUAACCAUUAGCUCAUGAAUCUGAAAUUCAACAAAAUAAUCGAAUCAUCGAUUAUCACAGAAUAAUAAAACCAAAAAUACUUAAUAAUUAGAUUGAAAACAAUCGUUUUAGUAAAUAAUUAAUAUCAUAUUAUAAGCGUCCUACAUAAGGAAAGUUAUAUUUUUUGUUUCUUGGUUUCUUGGCCGUCGGAAUACGGCUGGGCUCUCGGAAUUCGAGUUCGAACAUCAGACAGCUCGAUGGAUUAGUCGAAUAAGUUUGACGGGCCGGAACAAGUAACAACUUCGUAGAUUAAAUUAUUUAAACAGUGGUUCUAACUAUUUGGUCAGCCAUUUUAAUUUUAACUAUGGAUGAUCAUAAUAAUUGUCUUCAACUGAAUGAAGAUCCAGUUCAAUUUGUUCCUGCAAGUGUAAGCAAAACGACAAAUGUGUUUUACGAUGAAAUAACUGGACAGAUAAUAACUGUUCAUUCCGGUGAGCUGACUGAAAUAAUUGUAACAUCUAGUACUCGCUGUAGAGAGAAUAUGGUGUUUAAAAUUGAAGAUCGAGGACCAGUAUCUUCAAUAAAAAUGUCCCUGAACUGUAAAAUAUUAACAAUGAUGAGAACAGCGUUAUCUGUUGAAUUAAUGGAAAUUAAAGAAAAUACAUUAUUAAGUCCUUAUUUUUUGUAUUGUAAAUUCAAAGGUGCCAAAUUGUUGGGCUUUAUUUGGACUGGAAAUAAUGAAAUACUAUUAAUUAGUGAUAAAGGUGUAGAACUAUACCAGGUCGAAGGCCAAGUACCUAAGCAACGCAUAAUUUUUUCUAAAUCUAUAAAUUUACAUGUGAAUUGGUUUAUUUACUCAAAUCAUUCAAAAUUAUUAUUACUGUGUAUGAAUUCUUUUGGGGAUUUUCAACCACUCCAUAUUUUACCUGGGAAUAUAAAUAAACUAACUAAAUUAGAAGUUGAUUUAGAUACUUCACUUAAUAUACCAAAUCAAUCAAUUAGUGAACGUAAUAUUGUAAUGACUACUGUAUACAACAUACUCAGAAUAUUAGUUUUACCGACAAGUCAAAGUCGUAAUGAAAUUAUAGUUUUUACAUUAAACAAAAUGAUGGCGUUUAAAAAAUCACAUAUUCUAAGAUUGACACACAAUGGUAAAUUAUUGAUUAAUGUGGUUGAUAAUUUGAUUGUUGUUCAUUACCAACAUACAAAGUCUUCUUCUGUAUUCGAUAUAUAUAUGGAAGCUGCAAAAGAACAUACAAUAUCACAUUAUUUACCUAUUUUAGAUGAUCUAUCAAUCAAAAGAACAAUUCCAAGAGAAGGAGGAUCAAAUUUUGUUACUCAUCUUUAUUCAAGUAUUUGCAUCUCGUUUCAACCAAACAUGAUAAUAGAUGCUAAAUUAGGUUAUUUGUGGCAUUUCAAACUGAACUUAUCAGCUGUGACCAGAUUAAUUAUUGAUAAAUGUUCACUUAUUGAUUUUCUUCUUUUGCGAUCAAACUCAAAAGAUACCACUUUGGAGGUAUUACAAAAUAUGAUUUUACAAAAAACAAGUAAUUUGAUUGAAAUAGGAAAUGUUUUUGAUCAUUUAAAUAUUGUUUACAAGAAACAUCUCAACAAUCAUAUUAUGAACACCAGUCCAUUAUCUAAUGACUACAUGAUUGUUGCUGAAUCAUUGCAAUGUAAAGUUGUUAUAGAACAGUUGGAUGUUUAUGAGCACGUAUUUGUAAAAUUAGUAGAUAAAUUGGAGAAUACUAAAGACGAUAAAAAAUUUACAGUUUCAAUAUUAGUUGAAUACAUACGAUCACUAACAGAUAACAAAAUCACUAUUGAACACUUCCUUUAUGAAUUACUCAUAAACUGUUUAGUAAUAAAUAAAAUGUAUUAUCAGCUUCAUCAGAUGGUGCAAUACCACAUUGUUAUUGACUCCAAACCAUUGGCUUGUUUAUUAUUAUCUUUAGAAUCACUUUAUUCACCAGCACAUCAGAUGGCACUUGACAUGUUGCAUAGAUUGAAUACAGCCCAUGAAGAGAUAGUAGAAGUCUUACUUUCCAAGAAACAAGUCAUUCCGUCCAUGAGAUACAUGUCAAAGCAUAAUAUGCUAGAUCACUCAACUUAUAGAAAAUUGACUGAAAUUGCAAUUUCAACUGAUAAUACAAAAAUAUUGCAUUCCACUAAAGAAGAAUUUGUACAAAGAAAUGUAACUUCAAAUGAUAAUUUUGAUACUAAUAACAGAGGAUAG